UCUUUUCAGGUAAGAAGCACCUUCCUUCUAUAGCGAACGAAAGAUGCUGAUGCGAAAGAAGCAGAAUGGCACCGCGUUUAGAACAAAUAGUCUCGGAAGUGGGACGAGGACGCCACCUUUAGAAAGAAAAAGUAAAUUUUCGGCCUUAGGAAAAUUAUUUAAACCGUGGAAAUGGAAACGGAAAAAGAAGUCGGAUAAGCUAGAGGCAGUUUCCAGAACGUUAGAAAGAAAAAUUUCUGUCCGAGCCAAUAGGGACGAGCUGGUCCAGAAAGGGAUACUUCUUCCAGAUAGUCCUAUUACUCCCAUAUCCGAGCCAAGUGAAACCGUUCCAUCAUCGCCAUUACUUCCAGUAGCUACUCAACAAACUCCGGGACAAUUACACGUUCCACAUAAUAUUCCGCAGGGUCCACCUCCUGCAUAUCCAAAUAUUCCGUCGCUGUCCGCACACAGUCCACUACAGCAUGCCCUGCAGCAGCAACUUUUACAAAAUCCACAGUUCGUGCAGGCGAACGCCAAUGCUAACAGUCACACGUCUGUUAGCAUGCAGCGUACAAUUACCGUCGAAAUUAAUAACACCGUUUUGAGAAAGCCAUUAACCGUUCUCAUUUUGUUGUACGCGCGUAUGUAA